UGCCAUGCAAUCAGGUAAUUUCUAGUUUGCAAAACGAGAGUUUCUGACUUCUUCCUGGGCUAUCUUCAGACGGAUUUCACGAGGCGAUUCUAAUAAACUAACUUGUAAGAAGCAGCAGAUACGUCAUAUAAAAAGAACAUCUUGGAACCAGAUAAUUUCGAAAACUUUCUGCACUGGAAAUGGAGGAAUCAUGUUGUGGAUUAUUCGUUGCCGAAUCGAAUGAACCGAUUCCGCUGACGGCAAUUCAUUACGAAGUGGAUGUGAAAGGAUUCGCCGGUUCUAUCACCAUCAACCAGACAUUCAAGAACGUCGAAUUCACCGAUCUGGAAUGCGUGUACGGAUUCCCGAUGAACGACCAAGCCGCUGUCAUGGGCUUCACCGUGAAGAUUGACGACCGCACUUUGACCAGCCAGUUCAAGAAGAAGGACGAAGCCUUCAAGGAAUACAACGCCGCGCUGCAGCGCGGAGACGGCGCGUAUCUUCUGGACCAGGCGGAUCGCAGCGACGACACCUUCGUGCUGAGUGUGGGCAGACUGCCGCCCGGGAAGGAGUGCGUGGUUAGCAUCAAUUACGUCUGCACACUGGACAGCGUCAGCGAGACGAAGCAGCGACUCCUCAUUCCCAUGUCGCUCUUCCCGAGAUACAAUCCCAAUCCGGAAAGCACGGUUGGGACAACGGCGCCGCCGGAGAAGUACGCUGCAACGGUGUCGUAUAAAGCAGCGCUGGAUGCCAAAAUUGAAACCCUGGGUAAAGUUAAAUCGGUGUCGUCCGUGUCGCAUCCGAUUGCUGUUAUCGUUAUCGGAGACAAAUCUGUUCAGGUCACUUUCGGUACUCAACAGCAACCGGUUGAUCGCGACCUGGUAAUCGACAUCGAGCUCCAAAACAAUCCUCAACAUCACGUCUUCGUGGAGCGCGUCGACGGUGAUCAGUAUGUUGGCAUGUAUUCCUUCAUCCCGGAAUUCGAAAAAGGCGACCACAAAGUGCAAAGUGAGCUGAUCUUCCUCGUGGACUGCUCCGGAUCAAUGGGUGGCGAUAGAAUUGAAGACGCGAAACGAGCGAUGCAGAUUUUCCUUCGCAGCAUUCCAGAAGGGUGCUAUUUCAACUUUUACCGGUUCGGUAGCAGUUAUGAAUCGUUGUUCCCUAAAAGCAAGCUGUACGCCGAAAAUACGUUUAAAGCAGCACAAAAGUAUGCCGAUGCCACGUCUGCAAACUUGGGAGGCACGGAAAUCCUGGAACCGCUGAAGAAGAUUUUUGCAACGGCUCCCGUUUCCGGUUUUUCUCGGCAGUUAUUUGUUUUGACCGAUGGUGAAGUUUUCAACACGGAAGAAGUCAUUAAUAUUGUCAAGAAAAAUGCAUCCAGUUCCAGAGUUUUCUCGUUCGGCAUCGGCGACAGCUGCAGUCGCUCAUUGGUCAACGGAAUCGCGUUAGCCGGCAACGGAAAAUCGGAAUACUGCAAACAUGGAGAAAUCCUGGAAGACAAAAUCGGCCGUCAUCUGGAACGAGCGUUACAGCCUGCCGUUGUGCAAGCGAGUGUUUCGUGGGAAGGAGUUAAAAAUGUGCAGCAAGUGCCGUAUGUGCUGCCCCCCGUCUUCCGCGGUGACCGGCAAAUCGCUUACGCAUUCUUCGAAAUGGGAGAUACUGAACAGACCCCAAAAGUCGUUUUGCAGUUGAAAGACCAGCUAAAGAAUGAAACAGGUUUUGUAUUUCCCAUCGGUGCUGGCAAGGAUCAAGGUGUUGCAAACUUGGCGGCGAGAGCUUUAAUUAAAUAUCUGGAAACCACUCCCACUGAGACAUCAUCAUCCAUUAAUAGCGGAUCGCUGCAAAAGCGAAACGUUGAAAUGCCUGACACAAAGAAGGAAGAGACUGAUACAGAAUCAGAUUCAGAUACCGAUACGGAGAUAGAUACUAAUAAAGAUGCGAUAACGGACAUUUCCUUGAAAUACGGCGUAAUGUCGAAGUAUGUUUCGCUGUUGGCAAUCGAAAAGCGAGAAAGCGGAAAAGCCAAGGAAAUAGAAUUACGAGAAAUUCCUGUCCAGGUACCUAUGUCGAUGUCCCAUAGGCCGAUGUGGAGGGGUGGCGGUGGGUGUGCCGGAGGCGCGCCUCGCAGGAUGUUGGCAACACGUGCAUAUGGCGGACCCCCACCUCGCAGGAUGCUGGCAACCCGUGCGUGUUCCCGAGGUGGCGGUGCUGCAAAACGGGCCUGGCCUGUGCCGGCCACAGGUGGUGUGCAAAAGCGUGCUAGAAAAGGAACAAACAAUGCUAUGGAGUGCGACGACGCGGAUACGGAAUCCAGCGAUGAUUUCGAUGAUGAAAAGGCGGAAAUGGAAUCCAGCGAGGACUCGGAAGACCAGGAGGUGGAGAAGAAACGUAUGCGAAGUGGGGAUGCGCCGAAAAAGCGGAAAUGGUUGGGCGCACUCGAAGAUUGGUCCGACACCGAUUUUUCGGAAGAUGAAGAGCCGGACGUGAUGGACGCUACACCGAAGCCGGUCCUGAAUCAGGUGUUGGAUCUGCAGCAGUGGAACGGCAGCUGGGAGUUUUCGGGAAAUUUGGAAAGUAACCUGGGCGCUACUAAGGAGGCUGCGGAAAAAGUAGCCGGGGAGAAGAUGGAUUCUGCUGUAUUGGCCACCCUGCUGGUGGUGGCCUAUCUAAAUGCCAAACAUGCCGGUCAAGUGCACAUUUGGCAGGCCAUUGCUAACAAAGCACUGACGUUCAUCCGGAAACAUAUUUCUUCCGAGCAGGAAGAAACCGUGUUGAAAGGUUUGCAGUCUCUGUUCUAAGUUUUGUUCUAAUUCUAAGUUCUAAUUCUAAGUUCUAAGUUCUAAGUGUUGAAAGGUUUGCAGUCUCUCUUCGAAAUCUGUUUAUUCCUUCUGUAAUAAUUUUUUCUCAUCACGAAUAUUCGUUUUUUGGCUCACUAUCUGUAUACUUGGGAGUUUUUGUGGGGUUUUGUUUAAAGUCCAGUCCUAUUGUAGCGGGUAAUUAGUUUACUCUGUAAUUCUAAUCAUAAUGCAAUGUCCAUUGUCCAGCAUCAUACUUUUCGCUCGACGUGUGCUAGACUGAAAUCCGUAGUUUGUUAGCAUUCUUUAUACAUAAUAUGACUUCCUACUUGUGUUGUGAACUCCUCUCUAAUAACAAAAUUGCAUGCAUGCGUAGA